AUGCUGAUUCUUCUCGCCUUCAUCAUCGUCUUCCACAUCAGCUCGGCUGCCCUUCUGUUCAUCGCCACGAUUGACAGCGUAAGUUGCCUGCCAACAGCAUAUUAUUAUUUUUUUGAUUUGGGGUGUGUGUCUGUGUGCCUGGUGUUCAAAGAUGAAAAGAAAGUCUUCGAAAUGGAAGUGAAAAAGACUCCACAAAUUGAAAGUGGAGACACUCUUAUGUAUUUUACUGGAGGGGCUGGAUGUUUUGAACCUGUUGCCACCAUUGCCCUCCCCGACAUUGGCUUUUGGCUGCUUUCAGCCUCCUCUGGAGUAAGGAUAUGGGAGCCAGCCAUCUACCCUGGUAAGAGGACCAUUCCCCUCUGAGCCGCAUAUAAGCCAAGGCUCCUUGGAGUGGAGGAAGUAACUUUGCUGAAGUGUAUUGAUCAUUUUGAUGGAUGGUUUCUGAUAUUUAGAACUUGGCACUCCAGAUGUUUUUGGGACUACAACUCCCAUCAUCCCUAGCUAACGGGACCAGUGGUCAGGAGUGAUGGGAAUUGUAGUUCCAAAACACCUGGAGGGCCAAGUUUGGCCAUGCCUGGCUUAACUGAAGUGUAAUAAUCAUUUCAAGGAAUUUGUUAUUUGCUUUAUUUAUGCGCUAUUGUACUUGAUGGUAAAGUGACUGCUUCUUAAAUGCUAUUGUGAUUCUCGUGAGCUGGCUGCCCUGACCUUGGCAUUUGCCAUUGGAAAAGCGGAAUACAAAUGUUAAAUCAAAUCAAAUUGGGAAGACCAGCACCAGAAACUUUAUUGUCAGUUAACUCUGGUUUUACUUAAACCUAGACUUUUUUUGGGGGGGGGGGUUAAUAUUGAAUUUGUUCUGUGUUUGUCAGAUUUUUGUCAUUUUUCAAUUUAGCAGCAUGCUCUGUUUGUAUUUUGAUGUUUUGAAAUGUCUGCUGGAAGCCACUUUGGGCACAGCUGAUUGUGGAAAACUGGCAUCAAAGUGAAAUCGACCGAUCAAUCCUCCAAGAUCUAUAUUUUCAUGUGCUUUUUAAAAUCAUCCUUCUCCAGGCAUGGUGGGUCGGGGAGGACUUCUCCACAGAUGUCUGGCAUCGCUGCCUCAAUGGCACUAACUGUACAGCCCUGGAUGAGACCUUCCCAGGUGAGUCAUCAGACAGCUCUUCCUGCAUCUUGGGGUGGGAUUACUUCUUUCUCCCCACCCACCAUCAGUGUCUUCCAAGGAGUGUGUAUCAUCAUCACAAUAAUAUUUCCCCAUGCACUUCUCUUCAUCAUUGGCUGGAAAAUGUAAUGACAUCAUGGCAUGCAGAAAUGAGUGUUGGCGAAUCUCUUUUAAGGAUGUUCCUGAGUAGGGUUGCCAUACGUCCGGAUUUUCCUGGACAUGGCCUCGUUUUGGAGGUAAAAUUUUGUUUUCUGGAGGGAUUUUUAAAACUUGGCAAAAUGUCCUGGUUUUUUUUUUGUUUGGCUCCUAAAAAGAACUACAUUUCCCAUGGGGCCUCUGCGGCGAAGCCAGCCCUGUGAUUGGAUGCAGGCAGUUCCAAUCUCGCUGCCCAUUGGCUGUCCCAGGUGCCGCGUCCGAUGCCGGAAGGGGGAGGAGGUAGGAAGUGACAAUGGUAGCCGAGAUUGAGAGUGGGAGGGCAUGCAGAUGAGGAUGGAGGGUGAGGCUUGCUUCAGCUGUUGCAGGGUGCCUGCAGUUCAGGAGCUGUUGGGUGUUGGCAUUAUGCAGGAGCUGGGCACUGUGGAAGAGGCAUUGGCAGGGAACCUACUUAUGGGGCAAUGGGUAUAGUUGGGUGCCAGCCGCCUGUGCCCCCUUGUGUGUGGUGCCCUUGCCACGGCUGCCGGCCAUGUACCACAGCAGCAAUUAGUGGCAGCGCUGGAGACCUUGCCUAAGAAAUGCUCUCCUAUGAAUAAAUCUAACAGUAAAACUUUCUCCUUCUGAUCAAGAAACUAGUAGAUAAUACACCAAUUCUUUCUAGGUUGCUUAAGCACAGAGUAGUACAGUGGACGCUCAGGUUGCGAACAUGAUCCGUGCGGGAUGCACGUUCACAACCCGCAGUGUCCGCAACCUGCAGCAGCGCGUCUGCGCACGCGCGGGUUGCGAUUUGGCGCGUCUGCGCAUGUGCGACUGCUGAAACCCAGAAGUAACCCGUUCUGGUACUUCCGGGUUUCGGCAGUCCGUAACCCAAAAAAAGUAAACUGAAGCGUCUGUAACCCGAGGUAUGACUGUAGUUCAUUUUGUAGAUACAGUGGUACCUUGGGUUACAUACGCUUCAGGUUACAUACGCUUCAAGUUACACACUCUGCUAACCCAGAAAUAGUGCUUCAGGUUAAGAACUUUGCUUCAGGAUGAGAACAGGAAUCUGGCUCCGGCGGUGCAGCAGCAGCAGGAGGCCCCAUUAGCUAAAGUGGUGCUUCAGGUUAAGAACAGUUUCAGGUUAAGGACAGACCUCCUGAACGAAUUAAGUACUUAACCCGAGGUACCACUGUACAGGUAAACCAGAUUACACAUGGCUAGAUAUUAGAACCAUUAUGUUAAGAAUAAAAUAUGACAUAGGUAUCCGUCUCAAAGCUUGCUUUUCAAAACAAGAAUGGUAUAGUCAUAUGACUUUUUUAAAAAAAGAUUAUGCUUAGCAAUUUUUAUAUUAAUUGUCAACUAGUUUAAACAGUGAAAUAUAGGUGUGCAAGGCAGGAGGUGGUGGUUGGGAAGUUAAGAGCUGUUUGACAGUGGAACGGUCUCCUGUGAGAGGUGGUGCUCUCCUUGGAGGUUUUUAAGCAGAGGUUGGAUGGCCAUUUGUCAUGGAUGCUUUAGCUGAGAUUCCUACAUUGCAGGGGGUUGGACUAGAUGACCCUCAGGGUCCCUUCCAACUCUACAAUUCUAUGAUUCUAAUGCCUCUACCUGCCCUGGUUGCAUCUCGUAGUUAAUCCCCUGAUUUCGCUGAUGUCUGAAGAACAACAGAAGGAAGGGCAGGGCUGGCUGGCGCAGCCAGACUCUGAAAAGUUCCUUUUUGUGGAAGUUGCAUUUAUUUGGGGAGCAGGAGGGCGGGAGGAAAUGGAUUCAGGAGAGUUGGCAAGAGGCUGACACCUUUUCUUAUUGUCACUCUGCGCAAGCAGUGGCGGGAGGAAGUCGCUGGCAGGAUGCAGGUGGGCUCCAAGAAGGAAAAAUUAAUGGGAUGAUUAUUUUAUUAUAUAAUUUUUAUUUUUUAAAAACCAACCAGCCCAGAAAUUAAAUGUGACUGUCAAGACCUCAGAAAACAAACUUCCCUUUGGGAAGCACUGAGACGGUGCAGGGACUAGACUGCUAGCGUGGGAAGGCAAGAGUCAAGAGGUGCAUUGCAGAUGUAUUUUGAACCACUGACUACAGCAUCCAAGGAUGACCAUCGAAGAUCUGCACCAGCAAUAUUGGUUUGGGAGCGGUGGCAGCAUAUAAAAAUCCAUAGGGACCUUAUGGCGGUUCCUUUGUUGAGAGAAGUGAGGUUACAGGGAACCAGGCAGAGGGCCUUCUCGGUGGUGGCACCCACCCUGUGGAACGCCCUCCCAUUAGAUGUCAAGGAAAGAAACAACUAUCUGACUUUUAGUAGACAUCUGAUGGCAGCCCUGUUUAGGGAAGUUUUUAAUGUUUGAUGUUUUAUUGUAUUUUUAAUAUUUUGUUGGAAGACGCCCAGUGGCUGGGGAAACCCAGUCAGAUGGGCGGCAUAUAAAUAAUAAAUUGAUAAUAAUAAAUAAUAAUAAUUAAUAAUAAUUUAUUAUUUAUACCCCGCCCAUCUGGCUGGGUCUCCCCAGCCACUCUGGGAGGCUUCCAACAAAGAUUAAAAAUACAUUAAAAUGUCACACAUUCAAAACUUCCCUGAACAGGGCUGCCUUCAGAUGUCUUCUAAAUGUCAGGUAAUUGUUUAUCUCUUUGACAUCUGAUGGGAGGGCGUUCCACAGGGCAGGCGCCACUACUGAGAAGGCCUUCUGCCUGGUUCCCUGUAGCUUUGCUUCUCGCAGUGAGAAGCAAUCCCAAUCCUCUCCUACCUGCUUUCUUAAAUUCAGACAAGGGAUUGACACUGGUCUCUCCCCCUUAAGUCUCAAGGUUGUCCUUGUAGAACUCACAGAAUCCUAAGAGCUGGAAGGGACCCCAAGGGUCAUCUAAGUCCAAUCCGCUGCAAUGCAGGAAUCUUCCUAAAUGCACUGUUAACUGCUACUUCCUCCCCAUGUAUAUUUUACAGACUACCAGUCUAUCCAGGCAGUUCAGGCGACCAUGAUCCUCUCCACCAUCCUCUGCUGUGUGGCCUUUUUCGUUUUCAUCCUCCAGCUGUUCCGCCUAAAGCAAGGCGAGAGAUUCGUCUUAACAUCCAUCAUCCAGCUGCUAUCCUGUGAGUACCUCCUCCCGGUUGAAGGAUGUGCGGCGGCCGCUCUCACAAAAGAGAAUGGAGUCGUGACAAGGAGCUGUCACACUGACCCACUGUGCCACAAGACAGCACAAAGAGUCUGGGGAAGGUGCUCCCCAUCUCUUCUCCCAAUUAACCUCCGUCUCCAGGGCCCACCCCAUGACACCACUGGUGCCAUCCCCGUGGCAUCACCAGGGGCUCCCCUUGGGUUGCAUCCCAGACACUGAAAUUUCUGGGGCCAGACCUGAGACCUAAGUCUCCCUUGUCCAGGCACUGAUUAGACCCAGACCACCUGAACAGCAAGAUGGUUUCGUGGGUGCUUAGUGCUUCUUCCUGAUUUUUUAGAGAUCUUUCAGUCUUAACUUACCAAGAACACCAGGAGGCUGGUUCCGGGCAGGUCUAUCCUCAACCCAUUCACGGGCUUUCCCCCUUCUCUCCCUUCCCAGGUCUGUGCGUGAUGAUCGCCGCGUCCAUUUACACAGACCGCCACGAGGAGUUUCACGUGGGUCCGCAGUACGACUUUUUCCAGGUGUCCAGCGGGCAGUACGGCUACUCCUAUGUCCUGGCGUGGGUCGCCUUCUCUUUCACGUUGCUCAGUGGAAUCAUGUACCUAAUACUAAGGAAGCGCAAAUAA